GGGAUUAAGCUCUGUCACUUGUCAAGUGCGAGUUUGAACACGCACCUUAUAUUGAAAAGCUAGAAUGAAACUUACGAUUCCUGAACAGAUCAUUCUAUUGUACUACUUUGCUAUUGUAAACAUGAAAGAAAUAUGCAGCGUAAAUUAAAUAGGAAAUAUUUAUUUUUAGUAAUUGUGCUAUUAACUCCAACAGUUCUUCUAGUCGGAUUUUCUAACCAGUCUGCGGUAACAUUACAGAACCUUCAAGUUGUACAUGGUAAUGUGAUCAAGUCUUUCGGUGAAAUAGGCAGCUUAAUGAACAGCACAAAUACGAUCGUACAAACAAAGGCAGUGUCGGUGCCAGAACGGAAAGUCCCUGCCGUAAAGUAUAAUUUACUUAUCAACUCGUACAUGAACAGUGGCUCCAGGUUUACAGGGCAACUAUUUGGAUUCAGAAAAGGUGCAUUCUACAUCUACGAACCCCUGUGGAAGUAUAGCGUGUGGGAUUACUACCAUGAUGAUAAUUUAGUAUGCAGUUCUACACAGGGGUCCAUAAACUGCAGUAAAGGUACUGUGGCAAAUGUGAACCGCAUGAAGGAAAGAGGACGGCUGUCGGUACCGCUCGCCAAAAACGUUCCGCAAAAUAAAUCUAUUGUUGGGAUGAUGCUGGACGUUCUAGAUGAUAUGUACAGGUGUGACUUUUCAAGACUUGAAAACAUGUUUGUUCCAAAUGUUCAAGAUCAUCUGGAAUUGGCAGGGCCGGGAUGGAAUGAGUAUCGAGCAUGUACAAAAUCAAGGGUUAACACCAAAAUGUCUUGUCUCAAGAAACAAGAGCAAAAAUGUAGAAAUGCUUCUCAUAUAGUUACUAAAGUCCUUCGACUUACCACCGGAUCUUACGACAAACUUUUAGAAAAAAGGAAAAAUUUGAAAAUUUUGCAUCUGUUUCGGAAUCCCUUUGCUAUUAUCAAUAGUCGUACAGAAUCUAAAGGAUACCCGGUCCGAGAUUUCGUUUCAAAUGCCGCCGUUUUGUGCAAAAAGAUGCAGCUGGACUACGAAGGGGGAAUAAGGCUGGCCGCCAAAUACCCAGGUCGUGUAAAGUUAGUCUUCUAUGAAGAUAUCAAAUCAAAUGUCAUAGAAAAAAUGAACAAACUGUAUGAAUAUAUAGGAAUGGAGUCUGAUGAUGACGAAGUCAAGAAACUGAAUAAGGUCAAGACAAAUAAAGGAAAAAGUAAUACUCCAAGUAUGUCCAGGACGAGGGUGUCUGACAACGCCCACUGGUGGCGAGGCCACAUGUCGUUCCUCAAGUAUCAAGGUGUUAGAGAUAAGUGCAAACAGUUAAUGACAACUUUCAACCUUACAAACUUCAAAGAUAGACAAGAGCUACUUAAACUUGAUAUUCCAGAAAUGAAUAUCCCAACUGGACUUAGAAUAUAAAAUAUGGCAUUAUGCGGCAGUAUUACCUCCUGUCAGUAUUGUUAUUCUCCACCGAAGGCGGGGAGACAUAGUUUUCGCAGUGUCCGUCCUUCCCUCUGAGCUCAAAUCUAAGAAUAGUUUGGAAUAUUGUAAGUACAAAUAGAAGAGAGAUGUGACCCUGCAAAUGUCAGUUUGUCCGAGGACCACUUUACACUCUAUGUAGUGUGUAGGGUAUUACGUUGCA